CUACCUCCACCGCUGGAUUCUGAUGUCUCUCUUCUGCUGCUGUAUGUCUGGGUUGGAAGCUGUUCUUGCACAGGGCACACUGACUUAAACCGGAUUAUUUCAUCCUGUGCUUCAUUGGAAGAAGGACUCGCACAUUAUCUGUGUUACAGGCAUCAGUGGAUAAGCAGGCACAUGUCAGCUAAGAUUAGAUGGUCAGGAGAUCUUCAAGUUUCACCUGGAGAGGAAUGCUCCAUGGACACCGUUGUAUGAUGUCCUGAGGACAACCUUGAGGACCGAGUCCCUGGAGAAUGCUGAAAGAUAUGGAAUUUCCCUGCAAAUGACUUUGCUGUAAGAUUUGGGAGGAAGGAGAUCUGCUUCUAAUGGCAGAGGGGGAUGGGGGUACUGUUAUGUAAAGGGAGGCUCCUGCAAGGAGCCUUCAAACUUCCCACCUGCAACCCCAAGGAGGGGCACAGCCAGGGAACAAGACUUUGUGUACUUCCACUGUCUGAUCGCAGGGGGGUCGUCAGUACACCCACUCCACAACUAAUCCUCAACUCACACACCAUGCUCACCGUGCAGUUGCUCAAGCAGUGUGCGCACACCUGGAGGCUGGUAUAGCACAUUUGCACAAAUGACACAUCUGAGAAGCAGGGUGCAGUGCUGACUUCGGACUCCAUGCCCAGCGACGCACCGAUAUAUUCCUCCCGGCAGCGUCCACACCGGAGUGGAUUUCUUUGCUUGUGUAAUGCAUUCUAUGCAGUGUCUGCGCUGGGAUUAGCACCUGGUCCCGGGGUCCCAGACAGCAGUCCAUGCGCCUAUCAGUCCCCGACGCGUUAGACAUUCAUCCACCAAGACUCAGGGUAGACUCAUUAACCUCCAGGCACCGCCACGAUACUCCGGACAUGAUGGCACCGACAUGGACAAGAAGGAUCUACAAGCUCAGGUAUCGGCUAUCGUGCAAGUUGGUGGGUCCAACUGUGCUUUAGGAUCCGUCCUAUAUGGUCCAUCCUUCCUGCUUUGAGGGCUUAUUCUCCGUGUAGAGUGAGUGGCCAACACUUGUCACCUGUAUGACUGCACCAGAGGCCAGCUUCAUAUUCGGACUUCUGGACCUGCUGUUGUUUUUCAGAUCGUUAGUCCCCCUAAGCCAGGUUUUAUUUAUGUGGACAACUAUGUUCUGGAUCUUGCUGGAUAAGAGGGAUAAUCUUACCCCAGGAAUGAAAAACGCGGUAUAAUUUAUUUUUGUGAUACUUUUGGAACGCGGAGUUUAAACUCAGUGGCUGGGUGACUUUGCAAGAAGGAGAGGUCCGUUGACCACGCCCCCUAGGAGCCUCAGUCAGUGAUUAGGUGUCAGUGGAUAGAGUUCAUCUCCUUGGGGAAGAGCUGGAGCUGCCUGCAGAGGGAGCCGGGUAGCCAUGGGGUUGCCUCAUGGGAGGGCUGCCCUGCUGAGAGUUGCUCUCCUACUGCCUGUGCUCAGCAAGUUCCUGGCAAGCUCCAGCCAUCUAUCAGACAACCAAGUUGUUCUUCUUGAUACUACAACAGCAAUUGGGGAAUUAGAAUGGAAAACAUAUCCUGUAAAUGGGUGGGACGCCAUCACAGAAAUGGAUGAGUACAACAGACCUAUUCAUACUUACCAAGUGUGUAACGUGAUGGAGGCAAACCAAAACAAUUGGCUGCGGACAAACUGGAUCUCUCGCGACGCAGCACAGAAAGUGUUUGUAGAAAUGAAGUUCACUCUCAGGGACUGUAACAGCAUCCCUUGGGUGGUGGGGACCUGCAAGGAGACGUUUAAUCUCUACUACAUGGAGUCCGAAGAGGCUCAUGGAAUAAAGUUCAAGCCGAGUCAGUACUCUAAAAUUGAUACAAUUGCUGCCGAUGAGAGUUUUACACAAAUGGAUUUGGGAGACCGCAUUCUAAAACUCAACACUGAAGUUCGUGAAGUGGGUCCAAUUACUAAAAAGGGAUUUUAUCUUGCAUUUCAAGAUAUAGGGGCAUGCAUUGCUCUUGUGUCGGUAAGAGUGUACUACAAAAAGUGCCCAUACAUGGUAAGAAAUUUGGCAAUGUUUCCAGAUACUAUUCCAAGAGUUGACUCCUCUUCGCUUGUGGAAGUACGUGGCUCCUGUAUAAAAUAUGCAGAGGAACGGGACACUCCGAAAUUAUAUUGUGGGGCAGAUGGAGAUUGGCUUGUACCUCUUGGACGUUGCGUCUGCAGUAUUGGGUACGAGGAAGUGGAUGGAUCCUGCCAUGGUAAGGAAUCUACUGUUUCUAUAAUAUUAUAG